AUGGCAAACACUAUCGCACAGGAGGCCUCCCAGGACCGGAUCAACUACUACGUCAACUUCCUCGACAGCGACCUGGGUGUCAAUGAGUACAAAAAUGAGAUUCGCUCCAUGCUCAGCACCGGUGCGAAGCGUCUUGUCGUCAGCUUGGACCGUCUUCGUGACGACAGCCCUGCCGAGACCGCAAAGUUGAUGAACUCACCUAUGGAGUAUAUCCCCGACUUUACAAAGGCGUUGACACAGAUCGCAGAGACCAUUCAGCCUGACGAUACCGGCGACCGUGUCUUGUAUAUUGGUCUCAAGGGAAGCUUUGGAGACCACCACGUCAACCCCAGGACAUUGCGUGCCAAGCACUUGGGAAAACUUGUGUGCCUGGAGGGAAUCGUCACACGCUGUGGUUUGGUCAGACCCAAGGUCAUUCACAGUGUGCACUACUGCCCCACGACCGAGAACUUUCACGAGAAAAGCUAUGUGGACGGCACAAUGAUGACGAGCGAAUUGGCGACAGGAUCGGCAUACCUUCAGACCGACGACGAUGGCAACCCCCUGGAGACCGAGUUUGGUAUGUCGACCUACCGUGACCACCAGAGCAUAUCGAUUCAGGAAAUGCCCGAGCGCGCGCCCGCCGGUCAGCUGCCCCGUAGUAUCGAUGUCUUGCUGGAUGAUGAUUUGGUUGACAAAGUCAAGCCUGGUGAUCGUAUCCAGGUUGUUGGUGUUUACAGAACGUUGGGAAGCAGGGAUGCCAAGUCCACUUCUUCUACCUUUAAGACCGUUAUUCUUGCCAACUACAUCACCACAUUCGCAGGAAAGGCCGGCAAUGGAAUUGCGCAGCCAACUAUCACGGACUCGGAUAUCGAAAACAUCAAGAAGCUGGCGAAGAGAAAGAAAGCUUUUGAGAUCCUGUCCAACUCUCUUGCUCCUUCCAUCUACGGACACGAUUACAUCAAGAAGGCUGUCUUCCUGAUGUUGCUUGGAGGCAUGGAGAAGAACUUGAGCAACGGGACCCACAUCAGAGGAGAUAUCAACAUUCUUAUGGUUGGUGAUCCAUCUACAGCCAAGUCGCAGAUUCUGCGGUUUGUCCUCAACACUGCCCCUCUCGCCAUUGCCACCACUGGACGCGGAUCUUCGGGAGUCGGUUUAACUGCUGCUGUCACUACGGACAAGGAGACAGGAGAACGCAAGUUGGAGGCUGGAGCCAUGGUGUUGGCUGAUAGGGGUAUCGUCUGUAUCGAUGAGUUUGACAAGAUGUCGGAUGUGGACAGAGUCGCCAUUCACGAAGUUAUGGAACAGCAGACCGUUACCAUUGCCAAGGCUGGAAUUCACACCUCGCUCAACGCUCGCUGCAGUGUCAUUGCUGCCGCCAACCCUAUCUACGGACAGUAUGACGAGGGUAUCCCUGCCCACCGCAACAUUGCCCUCCCCGACUCGCUCUUGUCCCGUUUCGAUUUGCUAUUUGUCGUCACUGACAAGCCCGAGGAGGGUCGUGACCGUCAGAUCUCGGAGCACAUCCUUCGCAUGCAUCGUUACCUUCCUCCCGGCGUUGAAGAAGGCGCUCCUAUCCCUGACAAUGUUACCCAGAACUUGGAUUGCGGUGCUGAUGAGGAGGUUGUCAAGGAUACGCCUGUUUACGAAAAGUACAACGAAUUGAUUCACGGAGGUAUGCAGUCCAAGUCUGCCCAGAAGAACAUUGUUUCGAUGCCUUUCCUCAAGAAAUAUAUCCAUUACGCCAAGUCCCGUAUCAAGCCUGUCCUCACUCAAGGAGCUGCUGACAAGAUUGCCAACGAAUAUACCAACAUCCGUAACCAGGCUCUCGAGGACUCUCAGAAGGUUGCCCCUGCGACUGCUCGUACAUUGGAGACAUUGAUUCGUAUUGCGACUGCCCACGCCAAGGCCCGUUUGUCGAACUUUGUUCAGGAUCAGGAUGCUAUUGCUGCAAUCAGCAUUCUCAAAUUUGCGCUGUUCAAGGAGGCACCCAAGCCCAAGUCGCGCAGCAAGAGGGCGCGUAUGGACCAGUCGAUGAUGGGCGAGUCGGACAGUGACGAUAGCGAUGAUGAUGAUGAUGACCGUUCUAACCCACGGAUGUCGGUCAACGGCUCGAGGAGAUCUGGCGGCCGUGCCGGUGCUGCCCCUACUACUACUUCCAAGGGCAAGACUCCCCUGAGAACAUCUAACAACAACCAGGAUGAUGUGGAGAUGAUGGAUAUUGAUGAGGCAGCGGAUGAAAUUGAGGAGGAGCUGUUGGCGACUCGUCGGGCCUCUCGUCGUUCGCAGAACACUGCUUCGUCGAAUAUUCCUUCGCAGGGCUCGUCGACGAAUCAGCAACCUGCUGGACGGUAUGUCCCUGGUGGAGCGAUCCACCCUAGCAGAAUGGCGCUGUUUAAGAGCAGGAUCAACGUGUUGAUGAUGAGUUCUGAUGGCAGUGCCGUGCAGUUUGAGGAUGCACUUAGUACUGUGAACAAGAAGUUGGAGAUCAACGAGCUCUUUGGACCUGCUGAGGCGACGGCCAUUCUUGAGAAGUUGGGCGACGAGAACAAGAUCAUGUUCACUGGUACCGAGAUCUACUUGAUCUAA